AAAAAAAAUAACUUAGCAAAAAAUGUAACUAAAAUCAAACCAACAACAAAAUGUCACUGCAACGACGUCACGUCCGGUUGGCCAUUUCCGCUCGGCGGUUCUGCACGGACCCAGAGUCUCCAUUGCCCUUCGUGCUGCGCGGAGCGAGGUCCCGAGAUUUACGAUGGCAAACACAAUCGAAGAGAAACUCAAGAACUACCGCACGGCUCCCUUUGAUGCCCGCUUCCCCAACAGCAAUCAGACGAGGAACUGCUUCCAGAACUACCUGGACUUCCACAGGUGCGAGAAGGCGCUGACCGCCAAAGGCUCAGACUUGCUGCCAUGCGAGUGGUUCAAGCGCGUCUACACCUCGCUGUGCCCCAUCUCAUGGGUGAAUAAGUGGGACGAGCAACGGGCGGAUGGAAAAUUCCCGGGCCGCAUCUGAGUCGCACGAUGUUGCGUUGACCACUGUACAAAUAAUGCGACUGUCGGACAACGAAGUCCCAAGUUGUUAAGGGACACAAAGUGGGGGGGCCUCACCCUCCCCCCCCACAGUGGAAGUUACUGUCUGCUCGUACAGUUGUGUGUAAGAUGUCUUCAAGGACCCAAUAAAGAUGAAAUGAUCAAGUCUG